AUGGAAGGUCUUUCGGGCAUAGCCAGCGUCAUCGCUGUAAUCGACAUAUCUGCCAAGAUCGCCGCACUCUGCUAUCAGUACUCCAUCGCCGCCAUGAGCCGCUUUGGAGUACGAGCUUUGAAGUGGCCGUUCACCAGCAAGCAGGUAGAAAAGAUUGUUUUUGACAUGGAAGGUUACGAGCAUGCCUUCACGCUAGCGCUCCAGGUUGAUCAGAUGCAAGUGCCUUAUCUAGCGACUCAGGACGCCCACACUCUCCAUCGAAAGCUAGAUCUGACCGCACUACCUGUUGCGAAAGGGGCAUCUUACAACUGCCACACCGAAGAGCACAACUCACGAUGCCUACCCAACACCCGCACCGCACUGCUGCAUGACAUUACAAGCUGGGCCAACGAUAAGGAUGGAAAACCUAUAUUCUGGCUGAGCGGCAUGGCUGGCACAGGAAAGUCUACGAUUGCGCGGACAAUUGCGCAGUCAUUUGCCAGCCAAGGUCGGCUAGGAGCAAGCUUCUUCUUCAAGAAAGGCGAAGGUGAGUGCAGCAACGCCUCACGCUUCUUCACUACCAUCGCUACCGACCUAGUGACCUACGUGCAACGCAUGCUGCCCGGGAUUAGGAAGGUACUCGACGAGGACUCAGGCAUUUCGGAUAGGGCUCUAAAAGACCAGUUCGAGAAGCUAGUCCUGCAGCCACUCCUUGAGAUAGGGCAGGCUUGUUCGCAGGCCUCGGCGCGUGUUGUCGUGAUAGACGCGUCAGACGAGUGUGAGCGGGAGCAAGACAUCCGGACGACCCUUCAGCUGCUUGCCCGGACGAAGGACAUCCGGCCAGUACCGUUACGGAUCGUGGUAACUAGCAGGCCAGAGCUCCACAUUCGCCUCGGCUUCAAGGAGAUGAGCACGAUCGAACACGAUAUACAACUUUUCCUGGAGCAUGGGCUCGGUGCGGUACGAAAAGAGCGCAUGUUGGCCGCAGAUUGGCCGGCAACACACCAGAUUUUAGCCCUAGUCGAGCUAGCUGUGCCGCUGUUCAUCUACGCUGCUACCAUGUGUCGAUAUAUUGGCACAAAGGGAAGCAAUCCUGAGGGUUACUUAGGCAAGUGGCUUUACGCAUUCAGAGAAGUGGUAGGCAGUAUUGUUGUUCUAGAGAGUCCGCUCUCUACAAUCUCACUUGCAUGUCUCCUUCAAAUUCCACAAGAGGAGAUCAAGUGUCUACUUGACUCUUUGCACUCUGUUCAUAGUGUUCCUGACAACGAGAGAAGUACGCACAUGAAGCUCGCAUCUCGCUGCCUUGAGCUUAUGUCUGGGCUAAGCGGUCUUCGUCAGGACAUGUGCAGCCUCUCCGGACCUGGGGUGCUAAGAAGCGAGAUCGACGAGGGGACAGUUGCUAGCAGUCUGUCACCUGAUCUGCAGUAUGCAUGUCGCUACUGGAUUAAUCAUCUCAAGCAGACUAUGAGUCUCAUGAGAGAAUCAAGCAGAUGUGUUCACUUGCUCGACAGCCUUCAGUCACUUGCAAGCCCAUCUGCAAGCUUUGUUUCAACCUUUCUUCACGACACUAAGCGAUUUGUGCUGCGGUUCCAAUCCGUGCUCGCGGAUGCUCCACUGCAGAUUUAUUGCUCCGCACUUGUGUUCGCACCAGAGGCGAGUCUGGUACGACGGACUUUUGUGGAUCAAGUGCCACAGCGGGUUGAGAUGCUGUCUAUAAGGGAAGCAGACUGGGACGCCUUCACGGCGGUGGCCUUCUCGCCAGACGGGCAGCUGGUCGCGUCGGCAUCUGACGACGAGACAGUACGGGUAUGGGAGACGUCGGCAGGGACGUGUCGCAGCACGCUAGAGGGCCAUUCUGAUGAGGUCAGGGCGGUGGCCUUCUCGCCAGACGGGCACCUGGUCGCGUCGGCAUCUCACGACGAGAAAGUACGGAUGUGGGAGACGGCAACAGGGACGUGUCGCAGCACGCUAGAAGGCUAUUCUGAGUACAUUUCGUACUUAACCUUCUCGUCCGAUGGCAAGAUCCUCCACUCCAAUAUAGAUGAUAUUCCAUUGUCGUCCCUCUCAAUUGUACUAUCGCCUUCUUGGAAAUAG